AUGCCAGAUAAGUCUAUGGGUGUGACUAGUAGGGCCAUGAAAGUCGAUUGUCUAAUAGAUUCAAGAGAUUUGAACAAAAACUCCAAUAGCAAGGUUUCGACUUUAGAAUGUACUAACAACUACUUGGUAAGUGGAACAUUUGAAGGAGGAUAUGUACUAUCGGAUGUAUCAGAUCCUGAAAAUGUGAAGAAUUUAGGGGAAUACCAAGUCACCAAUAAUAUCGAUGGAAUAACUAAUCAUGUAAUAAUCAAUGAAAGAGAUAAUGAAUUGAUAAUAUCAUCGAAUGACAAGAACAUACGCGUUAUAGAUUUGAAAACAAACAAAGUUAAAAGUACCAAAUCUAUGACUUUCCCAGUUAACUGUGCCGUUUUGAAUUCGAGAAACACCAAUGAAAUAUUCAUAACUGGAGAUAACACAAAUUGUUUCAUUCAGGAUAAGCGUGAAAAUGGAGAAAAACCAUUGAUAUUCUCAAAGCAUUUUGAUUUCGGCUUCGGAUGUGAUUGGUCACCAAUCAACGAGAAUUUAUUAUUGACAGGCAAUCAGGAUUGUACAGUUAAGAUAUGGGAUAGAAGGAAACCACAGCAAUCUUUGCAAACCUGGAGCGGAACAUUGGGGUUUAGUGAUGCUUCGUAUGGUGGACCAGUGAGAAACUGUAAGUUUAGUCAUAACGGAGAGUAUAUUGCUUGGGCAGAGAGUUUGGACCAUGUUGGAAUAAUAGAAACUAGUAGUUUAUUGACAAGUCGUCGGAGGGUAACACCAAGAGUACAAUCAAUUGACUUUAUUGGUAAAUGUUGUGGUUUAAGAUUUGCCCCAAUGGAACAAGGACAUGGAGAGCAGUUGGUUAUUGGAGUUAUUGAUUGUCCUUUGGGUGGAAUAUUGAGUUACAAACUAGAAAGUAAAUGUAAACCAUUAGAUUAUGAUUUUUAUUUUUAG